AAUCCAGGAAAAAAAGCUAUCAAGAUGAACCGUCGUAGCUAUCGUGCUGGUCCCCAGGGUCCGAACCAGAACAAACCCAUCCAGCAGCAGUACGAUCAACAUUUCGUACCGUCCAAUGGAAGCACUGGCAAUAAUCAGGAUGUUCGCUGUUAGUCCCACCGCGUGCGCUAGUCUCUGGAUAGAGGGAACACCAAUCGAACGAUGCUGUGGGUGAGAGAAUCUGGCCAAAACGACGCGUCUCUUCAUCCAGUCAGGGGUCUCCGCUGGGUGGUGACGAAGAUCGCAACAGCAGCAAUCCGGCAAUCAACAACAACAGCAGCAACCACCGCAACAGCAAAACCCGCCAGCCCAAAACAAUGAAGAUAUCAUGGAAGGCGAAGAGGGCGAAGAGGGAGGAAUCGGCGCAAAGAUGCGCAAGAUUUUUGCAAACCGCAAAAAUCUCAGCUCCGCUGAUCGUAAGAGAUUGGAAAAAGAACGCAAAGCACGCCAGUUGCGCCGUUUGCGCAAACUACUCACUCCGAAGAAUGCCGUGGUUGCAUUGCACGAACUGCAAGGGCCAGGAAUGGGUGAGUUCACCAUCAACACCAAUGGACAGGAAACGACGGCCGAAAUUGUGGUGAAUAAUGUACGCUAUGAGGCGACUGCACCGAACAAGCAUCAGGCGAAAGCACGUGCCUCGGAGAAGGCACUGCGCGAUUUGGUAAUCGCGCAAAUGGCCAAGGCACGCCAAAAUGCCGACAAACAGCCGGCUAACGGUAACGGUAAUGCCGCUGGCAACCAGGAAGGUGCGGAUGGUGAGGAUGUCGAGAUGACUGAGGUUGCCGAAAAUGAUGACGUCCCGAUGCUACACUUGGCUUCGUACGCUUUGUACAAGCUGUUCAGUGAGUGGCAAGAUGCGGGCUUCGAAAUUCCAGCCAUUAAGCCUUCAAAGCCCUCCGUCAAGCUAACUGAAUCCGGUACUCAUCCUUUGGCACCGAAGGUUCCCAAAACCAAAGCCGAUCUUCCCGAGGAUGCAGCAACUCGCCAUCCAACCGCUUUGCUAGCUUUUAUGCGUCCACAAGUACCGUACGAGGAUCUCGGCUCCAACAACAAUAACGACCCAGCCAAGCGAGAAUUUUCCGUUGGCGUGACCGUCGAUGGAGAACGAUUCAUUGGUAAGGCUCGAUCAAAGAAGUUGGCUCGCAAGGAGGCAGCAGCCAUUGCGUGCCGAACAUUGUUCGACGUCGCCUUUGUCGAAUCUAUGGCCUCAUAAGUUAUCUGCCCAUCCUUUUUCUUUCGCUCUUUUAACGUAAGUUUGUAUAAUUUUAUGAUUUCUUUCGUCCAUCGCGUUAUCCAAAUGUUAGGAUAUCGUUCACAUACGGUUGCUGACGUUUUUUCGACAGCUUAACCGAAUAUUCCCAUAGGACCUUAAGAAUUCGAUGCUGAAUUGGUUUAUAGAUUUUUUAAUUUAUCGCGACCUAGUUAUAGAACAGCAUUCUCUCGGCCCACUUCAAGCGUAAGUGUGGUUCUUAUAGUGGACUUUACAAACGUACACGUUUGAUUUAUAGAAUAUAGGAUUGUCCCGAAAGCUAA